AUAGUGUGUCCUUGUUUCUAUAUAUUGACAUUAAUUCCCUAGCAUGUGUACCAGGUUCCCACAAUCUUGCAAGUGCUAUUGUCCUUAUUGCUAUACAUAAAAAAACAUGAACGUUGCAGGUUCCAUCGGUGUUCAUGGAUGGAGAGACAUCAAGAGUCUCACCGUCCAAGUCAUCACCGGCCGGUGGUUUGUGGUGUUCGGCUCCUUCCUAAUCAUGGCGGCUGCCGGAGCCACCUACAUGUUCGGCUUCUACUCCAGCGAGAUCAAAACAACACUCGGCUAUGACCAAUCCACUCUCAACCUCCUCAGUUUCUUCAAAGACGUAGGUAGCAACGUUGGUGUCCUCUCAGGCCUAAUCAACGAGCUCACACCACCUUGGGUGGUGCUAGCAAUCGGUGCAGUACUCAAUUUUGUAGGGUACUUCAUGAUUUGGCUCUCAGUCACAAAGAAAAUUGCAAGACCUCAAGUUUGGCAAAUGUGUCUCUACAUCUUCAUAGGUGCAAAUUCUCAAUCUUUUGCCAACACCGGUUCCUUAGUCACUUGUGUCAAGAACUUCCCUGAAAGCCGUGGCGUUGUGUUGGGAAUCCUCAAAGGCUAUUUGGGACUCAGUGGUGCAAUCAUCUCACAACUCUACUCUGCAAUUUACUAUGAUGACACAAGAGCUUUGAUUUUGCUCAUAGGUUGGCUUCCUGGUGCAAUCUCCUUUAUUUUUCUGAGAACCAUUCGAAUCAUUAAGCCUGUGAGGCAGAGUAAUGAGCUCAAGGUUUUCUACAAUUUCUUGUAUAUUUCACUUGGUCUUGCUGGGUUUCUUCUGGUCAUGAUUGUGAUUCAGAAAAGUGUGGAUUUUACUAGGAGUGAGUAUGGUGUUAGUGCUGCUAUGGUAGUUUUCUUGAUGAUUCUUCCACUUCUUGUUGUUUGUAUUGAAGAGCACAAGACCUGGCAAAGUAAGAAGCUUCUUGCUUUGGCUGAUCCCACAUCGGUGAAAGUAGUAACCGAGGGUGAAAAUUUCAGCCAGAGUGAAGCUACUAACACUAACAACUCUGUUUCAGCACCAAUGGUAGAUUCUGUUUCCAAAGAAACAGGGGACUCUGUUUCCAAUAAAACAGGGGACUCUGUUUUCAAAACAGAAGACUCUACUAAAUGGUGGCAAAAUGUGUUUACUCCACCACACAGAGGUGAAGACUAUACAAUUCUUCAAGCUCUUUUCAGCAUUGACAUGUUAAUACUAUUCAUAGCUUGCAUUUGUGGUGUUGGUGGAACUUUGACUGCAAUUGACAAUCUAGGUCAGAUUGGAACUGCUCUGAGGUACCCCAAGAAGAGCAUAAGCACUUUUGUGUCACUAGUGAGCAUUUGGAAUUAUCUAGGUCGUGUGUUCUCUGGAUUUGUCUCUGAACACAUUCUCAUAAAGUACAAAUUCCCACGUCCACUUGUGCUUACUUUAACCCUGCUUUUAUCUUGUGUGGGACAUAUUCUCAUAGCUUUUGAUGUGCCAAAUGGACUCUAUGUGGCUUCAGUGAUCAUUGGGUUUUCUUUUGGGGCACAAUGGCCUUUACUUUUUGCCAUCAUAUCUGAACUUUUUGGACUCAAAUACUAUGCAACUUUGUACAAUUUUGGAAGUGCAGCAAGUCCACUUGGGUUGUAUGUGCUUAAUGUGAAGAUCACUGGGCAUUUGUAUGACAAAGAAGCUAAGAAGCAAUUAGCAGCAUUGGGGAUACAUAGAAAAGCUGGGCAGGAAUUGAAUUGUGUAGGUGUUAAUUGCUUCAAGUUAUCAUUCAUAAUCAUCACAGCUGCAACUUUCUUUGGUGCUGUUAUUUCACUCAUUUUGGUGGCUAGGACGAGAGCGUUUUACAAAGGUGACAUAUACAAGAGGUACCGGGAAGAGGCUUUGGUGGCGGAAGCCGAGAUGGUUCCGGUGGAGGAGACUGGUGGCAGGACAGGGGAAGAUGCCAAAGUUCAUCACCGUGUAGUGACAACAUCUACUUAGAGUAAGGACAAUUGGAUGAGGUUAAUCUUGAUCAAAAGUUGAAUAGUAAACGAGAAAUUAAUAAUGUUAAUGUCAUGCAUAUUAUAUACAAUAUAUGUAACAUUAUGUGUGCAGAAUUUUCUUUUCCGUAAUGUAUACUUCUCAUUUUGUUACACAUGCAGACUGAUGUGCCCUCUUUGUAUUUGUGUUAUUUGAUUCAAACAACUGAAAUAAAACAAAAGAAACAUGAUUGCCUGGUUAUUAUA